GCUGCCGCUGCUUCUCCCGGCGUCCCGCUGCAGCCCGGGCUCCCCCCGGGCGGAGGGGAGGCGUGCAGGGGGCGGGCGGCGUGUUCCUGCCGGCGGGGCAGAGGGAGCCGGGGCGGCACGGGCGCGCCAUGAACUGCAGCGAGCCGCGGCGGCUGCAGGCGCUGCUCAGCGCGCUGCUGCGGGAGCUGCGCCGUGGCGGCAAUGCCAGCGCGUCCGCCCCACCGGCAGCUGGGACCGGGACCGGGACCGGGCCGGGGGGCGACGCCUCGCUGUACAUCCUGCUCAUCAUGAUCUUCUACGGCUGCCUGGCCGGGGGGCUCAUCCUGGCCUACACCCGCUCGCGGAAGCUGGAGUCCAAGCACGACCCCUACCACCUCUACAUAGAACGCGACUGGGGCCGCGGCGGCCCGGGCCAGCCGGCCGAGGAGGGCGGCCCCGCCGAGGGCCAGCGGCUGAUGUGAGCGCGGCCCGGGCUGCCCCGCCAGGCAGCAGGAUCGGCACGGGGCUCGGAAGGGUUUUGAAGGCGGCCCUGCCACGGCACCGUUUCUGCCGCCCUCCCGCCUGCAGCUCAGCUCCCUGGAGGACAACGCACGGUGACCAACGGGCAGAUGGAGGCGGGCUGCUGCCGAGACUCGUCUGGUUAAACGAGUAGCGGGAUGGCAAAGAGAUUGUUCUUGUGCAUUAGCUCGUACAGCGCUCCAGGAUUGUCUUGCGGCAAGGGCUGUUCUUUAACUCUUUGGGUUGAUUUGUAUGGCUUUUCUACUAUAAAUACCUGCAUUACGUACGUACAGAGACCUCUCAUCAAUCAUCUUUAGAUCUUAGUUUAACAUCAACUUCUUUAAAAUCAGUUUGCAUUCCGCCUUGUUACCUGACCACAAUGCUAUUACUGCUAUUAUUUCACAUCAUUAAAAGCAGCUCCAUUAUUGUUGUAUUAUGCACCCUUCUAUCACUUCAGAGCAUUGAUAGUUAUGCCAGGUACAAUGGAUUGGAAGGGUCAGGUCUCAUUCUGUUAAAGCAAGAUUGUUUUGGCUUAUGUGGAAGCAUUUAUCGAAACAAAAAGAACUUAGAAACUGCAGUUGUUCCCAUGAGAAAGGCAUCAGUACCUCAUCUCGGUACUGUGGCUUUGCCAAUGCACAAUAACUUUUAAAGCCAUCAAUUACAUCCUUCCACACACAGAGACAUGUAACUCCAAGAAUAUCUUUGUACAAGUUAACAUACAGCAUAUGAUUUCUACAAAAAACUAGGCAGGCAAAGGUUGGUUCAGAUGUUCUAGCCAUGUUAAUAGACUAUUAUUUCUUGGUUUGGGUUUUGGGUGGGGUUUUUUCAGAUAAACAUUACUGAAAAAUUCCAAGGAACAAGUACCUUCACCAGGAAUGCUGCACUACACAAUCCAAACUACUAUUUGGAUUUUAUCCAAACCACACUGCAGGAAAGCACAGCUUUGACAUGAACUUCAAAGGAGGAGAGAUUUUUAUGUUAUAGAUUUAGAUUUCCUAUAAAACGCUCAGGCAUAUUCUUUCCAACAGCAAAACCAUCUUAAGUUCUUCUUAUAUUUGGCAACUACUGCAUCAUGCUAUCUCUACUAUAUCUUUGUGGGGAAUCACUGUAAACUGGAUACCUCAAGUGAUGAGUUAAAAAAAAAUAAAUCAUUGAGAGGACUGGAGGUUAUCAAGUCAACUUUGUCACUAUAGAAAACUACUGCAAUAUCCACAGACCAAAUUACAAAGUAUCAUUAGAUAUCAAACAGUUUCUUCUGAAUACAUAGAUGUUUCAAUAAUUGAAAAGUAUGGGGCAGGGAAAAAGUUCAAGCUCCAAAAACCAUUUCAAUGGGAGUAUAUGCAAUAGUACUAUAUACCAGCAUUACAUUAGUAGAUGUAUGUGAAAUCUUUAGCUCAGCAAAGAAAAUGUAGUAGUUAGCAUCAUGUGGAAAAAAGGAUGUCAGAAAAACCAACACACACAUACGUAUUUUAAGCUGCAAAAGGUGACUGUCUAAUGAACUUUCACACUGGGAUAACUAAACCACUGUAUCGGCCCCACUAGACUUUCUGUGAGGAUUUCCUUCAGUACAAUCAGAACUAAGCUGACCACAACCAAAGUUUCCCCCUGUAAGGAAGAGGAGAUCAUUAUGCAUAUCCAAACCCUUUUAUUUAACCUCAGUGAUUAACUUCUCUUUUUCUGCCUGACCACUGCCUAUCAGCAGGACACAUUACAGACUAAUAGCUUAGAAAUUAUUUGGGAACUACAGUGCUGACUGCUAUGGCUGCGCUCAGCUAGAUUAGACAAGAAUAGGGGAAGGACUGUUUUCUGAGUAUGAGAGAUUUGCACAUAUCAAAGCUUCAAUGCACCGGACACUAAAAUGUGUGCCUAACACGUUUUAUUUAGCAUCAUCUGGUUACUAACUGCUUUCCAUUGCUUCAUCCUACAGAAGUUGUGGCAGUCCCUCUGAGUCAGUGUCCAACAAACACCACAGAUUACAUAUCUUCAUAAUCCAUCUGUUUCUCUUCCCCCCCUGAAACGCAAAGUAUGUACAACAUACUGUAGUUAGGUCCUACCUAAAAAUACAGGGCUGCCCUUGUCAAAAUUUUACCCUUCAUUACACAGUUCAGAAAUAAGGAAAGCACAAGACCUCCUGCCAAGUAACUAACAAAACAUCUAAUUCUAAUUAUCUGCUGUUCUAUCUGUACCUUUCAAUACCUGAAAGUAUCACAAGGUCUCGGCGAACUCUAGUAAUUUGUGAUUUACAUCAGUCCAUCUAUUCUUAUAGUUACAGUUCAACCAGAUGUUUAAAUAAGAUAACACCAUCAUGCAUUAACUGUAGUUUACACUGGAACAAGGCAUACACCAUAUAUACAGAUACGCUUAAAUACAAUAUGCAUCUACAAAUACUUAAAUAUACAAAUGCAAUUGGCUAUAUACAUGUGUUUAUUCACUUUACACAUUUCUAAUAUUCAUGGUGUCUCUAGUAGAUAAUUUUUCAGAAUUCCGUACAGGGACACCGCCCAGUUGUGUAGGGAUGGGGUGAGGAAGGCCAAGCUGUGGCUGGAGCUGAACUUGACAAGGGAUGCAAGGAAUAGUAAGGGCUUCUAUAGGUAUGUCAGCUAGAAAAGGAAGGUCAAAGAAAGCGUGCCCCCCUGAUGAACACGACUGGCAAACUGGUAAUGACAGACAAGGAGAAGGCUGAGGUACUCAACAACUUUUUUGCCUCAGUCUUCACCGGCAACCUCUCCUCCCACACCUCUCAAGUGGAUGGACCUCAAGGCAGGGACUGGGGGAGCAAAGUCCUCCCACUGUAAAAGAUCAGGUUCAUGACCACCUGAGGAACCUGCACAUACAGAGUCCAUGGGACCUGAUGAGAUGCAGUUCCCCACAAAAUCCUUGUCUAAAUUAGGGAGAGGUGGAUUUGAUGGAUUGACUGUUCGGUGGAUAUGGAAUUGGCUGGUCACAUCCAGAGGGUAGUGGUCAAUGGCUCAAUGUCCAUAUGGAGAGCGGUGACAAGUGGUGUCCCUCAGGGGUCUGUACUGGGACGAGUACUGUUUAAUAUCUUCAUCAAUGACACAGUGGGACUGUGUGCACCCUCAGCAAGUUUGCAGAUGACACCAAGCUGAGUGGUGCAGUUGACACGCCUGAGGGACAGGAUGCCAUUCAGAGGGACCUGGACAAGCUCAAGAAGUGGGCCCAUGUGAACCUCAUGAGGUUCAACAAGGCCAAGUGCAAGGUCCUGCACAUGGGUUGGGGCAACCUCCAGUAUCAAUACAGGCUGGAGGAUGAAGGGAUUGAGAGCAGCCCUGCAGAAAAGGACUUGGGAGUGUUGGUGGAUGAAAACCUGGACAUGAGCUGGCAAAGUGCGCUCACAGCCCAGAAAGCCAAGUGUAUCCUGGGCUGCAUCAAAAACAGUGUGACCAGCAGGUCAAGGGAGGGAAUUCUACCCCUCCACUCCACUCUGGUGAGACCCCACCUGGAGUACUGCAUCCAGCUCUGGGGUCCUCAGUACAAGACGGACAUGGAUCUGUUGGAGUGAGUCCAGAGGAGGCCACGAAGAUGAUCAGAGGGCUGCAGCACCUCUGCUAUGAAGACAGGCUGAGAGAGUUGGGGUUGUUCAGCCUGGAGAAGAGAAGGCUCCAGGGAGACCUUAUUGCGGCCUUUCAGUACUUACAGGGGGCUUGUAAGAAAGAUGGAGACAGACUUUUUAGCAGGGCCUUUUGCGAUAGGACAAGGGGUAAUGGCUUUAAACUAAAAGAGGGUAGAUUCAGAGUAGAUAUAAGGAAGAAAUUCUUUACUAUGAGGGUGGUGAAACACUGGCACAGGUUGCCCAGAGAGAUGGUAGAUGCCUCAUCCCUGGAAACAUUCAAGGUCAGGUUGGACGGGGCUCUGAGCAGUUGAAGAUGUCCCUGCCCAUGGCAGGGGGGUUGGACUAGAUGACCUUUAAAGGUCCCUUCUAACCCAAACCAUUCUAUGAUUCUAUGAACAUAGGCUUCAAAGUAUGCGUACGCACCUCCUGGCUUAGAGAAAGUGUGGAGUACAAAGGUGAAAAUACUCCCAGAUUUAGGACAGAAAGACUUAUCUAAUCUGCCUUCCUGCCUAUUUGAGGUCACAAACCUCACAAUGAUCUAUGUUAUGUUCUAAUGAGAGCGCCAAUUUAUUAUUGCCAUCGCCUGUAUUUACACCUCAUCGUAAUUACCUCAGUAUGAUCUAUGUUAUGUUCUAAAGAUAAUGCCAAUUUAUUUUUGCCUAUAUUUAUACUUAACUGUAAUUCUUGGGUACAGUAAGUCUUCCAGAAAAUAAAAAUUGUUUUUAUUCCCUAUACCUGUCUCACAACUGACCAAUCAUCAGGAAAUAAUAACCAGUGGAAGACCACUACACAACUUGUAAUUCCAUUUAGAAUCA